AGCCCAGAGCUAGUAUUUACCAUAAAACGAUAAAAUAAUAAUAAAAAAAUUACUUAAUAAUGUAUCAUUGAUUAUUAGAGACCGCCCGAUUAAAAUUUUGACCGUAAAACUCUUCAGAACGAAAUAUUCUUUCGUGGAAGUUUUCUAACCCUUUAUCUUUAGCAAAAGUCAACAAGGGGGGUAUAACAAAGAACAACACUUAAUUAAAGAAAACAAUUAAAAGGAGAUGAAUACAAAAUAAAUAGAAGAGAGACAAAAAAAAAAUUAUGAGGAGCACGUUCCCUUCGCACACCUUGCCUUAACAACCCCCGCUUUGCGUUUGAUAACAAAUUUAAUUACCGCCUAUCAAACCAAAACCACGCGGUGUAGCCAGGUGCACUGCCAAAGUGAAAAACAACUCGAAGGCAAAAAAUGUACGAGUGACAUUUGUUGAAAUAGCGAAGAUUCUAUUACCGGCUUGAUUAGCCUUACGCCAUCAAAACUGCCACAGGCUUACAGCAGUGUUAGUUUAGCAAAAAAAGUUGAUGAUAGCCUAAGCAAAUACGGAAGAUAUUUAAUCUAAACUGGAGUCCGAGGUGAUGCUAAUUUCCAUACUUUUAAUUUCUUACUUCCGAAAAGCGAAACUCAUUCUCGAGGGACUCGGCCUUUUGUCAUCGGGCUCCUAAGAAGUUUAAAAACGUGAUUUAUCGCAGCGGGAAUUUAUAAGACCGGCAUUUAGGAAACCAACUGGAACAAUCACAGCAAAACAUUUAAUGCGUUUAGAAGGAAACUUCUGGAAAAACGUAUCUCUGAAGGACUCUGGCUUUUUAAAAACACAAAACUCCGGAAAUUGAUCUACUACAAGUCCCCUACUUACAUCAUCAUCAUAGCGAAGAACUCCAACGAGGUGUAUUUCAAAAUCAUCUGGGUUACGUACAGCGCAUUUGGUCUAUUACAAGGUAUGAAACUUUCAUCGGAUUUGUAGAAAAACUUCUCGUUUAAUACAGUGAUUUGUUUCUAAAGAAAAUCCCGAGGCCGAAACUUUCUCUCAAAGAAAAACGAUCACAACAGUCUGGCCAGGAUGUUUUAGUCUGUCACCGUCUACCGUCAAAAGGAAACACAUUUUUAACUCUGCGAAUCGAGCACGCUCAUAAACCAUAAAAAUUAGCAUUGUAGUUUCAUAAGAAAGCGAAACGUCACUCAGCCGUCAGAGUCAACGCUUUCAAGACAUUUGUGACAAGGGUAGUCCUAAAUUUCAUCUGGAAUUUGAUUGAGAUAGGAUUUCCGCGCUUCCGUCGUUGUUUUGAUAUCAACAUAUCAAACAUUGGUGACAGUUUGAUUUCACCAACGACGUAAGCAACUCAGAUAAAAGGUCGCACGCUCCUUAAUCAAAAUCCUCCGUCAUGGAAAACACCACGGCGAGUUAUACGUCCGUAGAGUCAAAAAUAACCAAGAUACAAUGCUACCAUUUGGAAGAACCGUGGAGCCACUCGAGGGAAGCUAUUAUAACAAACGUUAUCCUCAUUGUAGUGAACUUGCUGACCUCUCUUACAGCAACAGUGGGCAAUAUUCUUGUUAUUAUGGCCGUGAAGAGAACUCGGUCGCUCCGAACGCCGUCAAACGCGCUUCUCUGUUGUCUAGCGCUCUCCGAUUUGUUAGUCGGCGCCGUCGUUCAACCAAUAUACGCUCUACAAAUGAUCUUCGAAAUACAAAGAAACUCAGACGGGUUCUGCUUCGCCAAGAUAACCACAACGGGAUCUUUAGCCUGGGUAUGCGCUGGAGUUUCUUUCCUGGUCAUAUCCGCCAUUUCAGUUGAGAGGUUUUUGGCAAUAAAACUUCACUUACGAUACAAGGCGAUGGUGACAAUUCCGCGAGUUUUGACCGUAGUCAUGUUUUUCUGGGUUCUGUGUACGGCUUUGAUCAUGGCACGUAUUUUAGGUGCCCCGUACAACAGACUUGUGCUCACCAUUUUUGUCAUGGAUGUGACUAGCAUUGCAAUUUCGAUCUUCGCCUACUCCAGCAUUUAUCAUCAAGUCCGCAACCUUCACAAUAAAACUCGCGACCAGAGACAUCUUGCGCCUGCUGGUAUAAACAUUCGCAGCUUCAAACGCUCCGCAGUGACGAUGUUUUACGUAAUUGUCCUUUUCCUCGCCUGUUAUAUUCCGUUUAUCACUACACUUGUGGUACAAUUGCUUGAAGGGGACAGCCUGUGGUUAAACAUUAUCUACAAAAUAACUGCUUCUAUAGUUUAUAUUAACUCAUCUUUGAACCCAUUUGUGUACUGCUUUCGUUCCAAAGAGGUACGAAUGGCAAUUUUUAAGUUAUUGGGGAGAAAAUACACGCUAGACAAAAACGGAGAUGUUGUUCCGGUCUCAAAGUCUGGAACGCAAAAUUUGAAGACAAACGCAGUCAAGAACUUGACUACAUUUCCGUCUGGUUACCUUCAAACCUCACUGCAUCAGUUGCGUUACUUGCCAGAGACCCAAAUUUAAAACGGCUUGACGACGCUUACUCGUAGUCACAGUUGAUAAUCAACAUCCUGUGCUCCAAAGUGUUGAAACGACCAGGUGAAAGGAGAGGAAGAGGUUGGCCCACCAACGCAGGGCGGGGCAUCUUCCGUUUCGGAAAUGUUCCCUUUUUCAGCCGCUUACCUCAGGAGGGCAGAACUGUAACAUUUUCCUUAGAAGUUGACUAGAACCUCCGAAAAAAGAAAAAUAACCUUGCGCCUUCAACACGACUUAAGAUCCUUGUAGGGACAGUCCUACAUUACAAACUUAAAUAGGAUUAGAUCAGAUUAUCCUCUCGUUCCACUUAGAUUAGAAUAGACGGCUGCAUGCGCACAACUUCGUCACAGAGUGUUGAGUAAGUCUUAUCCGCGAAACUAUUUGUCGUUUCGUUCACUGGAAUAAAGGUAUUCCUUUUGAAAAAUCGUUCCUAAUCUGUACUGGGGGUUUAGGUGUUGGUUUAACCCGACAUAAUCAAACCUUUGUACCCAAGUCUCAGUUUUCCUUACUUACAAUCGAGUUCUCUAUACCUCAGUGUUGGAUCAUCUGACCGCAUCGGCUAAACUCGGAAGGAUCUUAAUCUCCACGAGAGACCAUCAAAGAUCUUUACCUUUGUUUUACGCUCGUGACAUAAGUUGAUAAUUCAUAAAAUAUUCAUAUAUUAAAUGUUUCUUCUCUUUAGUUUUAAGGUUCUUUAACGUGAAAAAAAAAAUCAAACAGGAAUCAUCGUAGAGGGAAAAAACUUUUGUAAAAAAAAAAGUGCUAGACGCGUUACAGUGCAACAAGAGUUGAAGAUGCGACACAAAGGAGUAUUUAUUUUCGACGACUUCUGAGGAGUCUGUAAAAGUGGUCACACACUGAAUGUGAUCAAGCCUGGAAUGUGACUGACAAAUUUCUUAAACGGAAAAAAUAAAAUCAUCGAUAUAUAGCUGCUCCCAGGUAUUUAGGAUCAAAUUUCCAAGCCUUACGUCACAAUUUCUUGACGUAGUUUGUUGAAAGAUUUAUGAGAUUCUUAGAAGGAGAAAAUAAACAACAUUCAACGCUGCCGGGAAAAUUCGGGUUUCCCUCACACGUUGAAUUGACAGAAGGAAGGCAAAACUUGCUGCUUCGGAUCGUGACAUACUGCCUAACACUUCAACUAGACAGAGAUGUCUUCCCCCUUAGGAAACUAAAUGGGGAGAAAUCGACAUUUUCAUGAAACAAAAUAAACCGGAAAGAACGUUUAGAAGGUUUGUACUGUCAAAAGGCCUAUUCUGGUGUCUUAAGUCGCCGUAACUUUGGGCGACUUUGGGUGAUUUAAGGCGACUUAAAGCGACUUAAGCAAAAUUGGCCUAA